AUGGUCAAUCGGUCCGGCACCGCUCCACGGUCCAACGCUGCUGCGGCGCCCCCUCGAGGCUACUCGUCAUCGUCGUCGUCGACGCCUUCUCGACCGGUAGCGACCCAGAGAGCGUACGAUGGCCAGAUCAGAUUUGCUGUCAGUCGGAAUGACUGGGUCCGGUCCGAUUGUGGAGUCAACAACUGACCGCGCAUCUCGCCUUCUUGGUCUCUCAACACGCGUCAUGUGUCUGUGGGCUUUGUUGGUGUGGUCGUGACUUGGCCUCGACGCAGGAUGAUGAGGUCAGUCAAGAGCAGUUGCGCGAGCAAGGCGAAGGAAUUCUCCAGAUAUGCUGACACCUUGAACGCCGACAACGUCAGAUCAAGCGGAUGCACGCCGAGCUGGAGAGAAGAGAACGUGAACGAGUCGCGAAACCGCGCCGGCCACAACCGACAGCACCCGGCACAAAGGUCCGAAUCUGAUCCCUGCCUACUCAGGGCCAACUCGUUGAUCCAGUGCUGACUUUGCCUUUCCCCGCAUCGCCCAGUCGCGGAAAUCAGGCCUGACCGUCACGGGCUUCCUGCUUCGAGUCGCCGUCUUCUACGUUCUCAUCGCGUAUUAUCUCGUGUGCCCGAACGACAAAGCUCGUGAACGAGCCGUAUGCCGUCAGCUUGACGUCUUCUCGGCGAAGCUGCAAUCACUCGAGCCCCAUGCUCGCCCAUACCUCGACUAUGCCCAUCGUCACGCCGAGCCCUACCUCGCCGAGUUUCACAAAUACACCGAGCCCUACGUCGCCAAGGUCCAGCCGAUCUACGCCAAGGUCGAUUCGUACAUCGACCCCGUCACCAACAAAUUAAGCGAGGUGUACGACUCUUACGUCUACCCUGGUCUCGUCAAAGGAAUUCAUGCGACGCAAGCGGCGGCGCGACCCGUCGCUGCUCGCGCUCAUGAACAGUACCAGAGGUCCCUCGCCCCGAGUGUCGAAUGGUAUUCACGCGCCGGGCUGGAUUGGUACAAGUCCAAUGCCGAACACCACGUCGCCACGGCCGAUCGAGUGCUCCGUACUUCGUCUAAGCGAGCAAUGGACUUUGUCGCACCUGCUGUCCCCUUUGCCCACCACCACUUUUGGAACACCGUGGUUCCGACGGCCCAGUCGACCUACAAGACCUCGCACGAGACCUACUUUGCGCACGUGCACCCCCAAGUCGUCGUCGCACGUGGUCAUGCGUUUCAAUUCUGGCGAAAGCGUAUCGUCCCGGCCUUGCACCACUUUUACGAGCUCUACAUCGCACCGCAGGUCGACAAGAUCUCGGAGCGCGUGCACCUUUACAAGUUCAAGAAGAUGACUGCCGAGGAAGAGGCUCGCGCCAAGGCCGAGGUCGAAGCUGAAGAUGAUGACGGUGAGGGCGAGGAUGAGGAUUCGUUCGCUGGUAAGUUCAGAGGCGUCUUGCGGUGACCUAGGGGGGGGGCACGCAUAACUGACGACUCGUCAAGGACUGAUCUGAUCUCAGAUUUCGUUGCCGAGCCGCUGGACCAAGUCCCCAUAAUCGUGGAAAUUGUAGAAGAUGUUCCUGCCGAGGACGUCGUAGAAACUGGCACAGUGGACGAAGUGCAAGACACCGCUGCUGCCGAACGAGCCGAGGUUGAAGCCCUGCAAGAUCGGUACGACCAAGAAGUAGCCGAGCUCGGCCAGGCCCAUUUCGAAAAGGUCGCCACGCAACUUGCUGCCCUCCGAUCCCAGACCGCUUCGGACGUUACCAAGAAGGUCGAGCCCGCAUUGCUGAAGCUGCGCAGAGAUUCGGCCAAACUGGCGGACCAGCUGACGGAUUUCUUGACGCGCGACGAUGGACGCACGAAGGAGCAGAAGCUCGACAAAGGCCAACAGUUCCGCACCGUCGUUCUGGGCAAAUCCAAGCAGGCUGCCGACGGCGUGAGGACCGAAGCGGAGAAGUUGGCACGAACGCUCAAGACGAACGAGAACAAGAUCGUCAGUGAGGCGUCGCGCGCGAUCGAGGAAAAGGUUACCCAUGCGCAGAACGACGUCGGUCAACGAUGGACGGACCUCCCAUCGACGACGACGCAAGACUGGGAACGCUACCACCGAUUGCUCGCGGCGCAGAAGAAAUGGCAAGCCGACUACGAGGGACUGCAGAGUGGUAAAGUGGCGAACGCCAAGCUCGGCAAGACUCAUCCGCUUGAGCUCCUCCACGGUGUUCGAGGGAGGAUCGAGGCGGCAUUCCACUCGCUCGAAGCCACCCUUGAGCUUUGCACGCAAAAGGCAAUGGCUUCGCUUCCCGAUACUGUCGUGGAAAAGGUUGUUGACGCUGGACACAACGCUCAAGACGCUAGUGUCGACUCGGAAGCAGCUGGUCUCGCCGCUUCGGCCGCCAGCAUGGCUGCGGUGGCUCGAGAGUCCGCGAGCUCCAUCCUUGCCGCCCCUGCGAAGGCUGUGCUUAUGGCCUCGGCCACUAGUGUCGUUGAGCAAGCUCAAACCGCCCCGACGAAUGUCGUUGACCGCGCCGUCUCUGCCGCUGAUGGAGCAGCCGCUUCUGUCAAGUCCUACUUCGGCGAUGCCUCACAAGCCGCGCUCCACGCUGUCGGCAUCGAUCCGUCUCCUACCGACCUGUCGCAAACCGCGACUUAUGUCACCAAACAGGCCAAGAAGUCUGCUACCUCUAUCGCUUCCGUCGUCGCGGAUACCGUCGUCAAUGAGCUUCCUUCAUCCGCUUCGAGUUUGGCCGCCGCGGCAACCGAGACGAUCGUUUCGGUCGCGGCAGAGGCGACGUCAACUGUGGCCAGUGUGGCUUCGAACGUGGCAUCAGCCGCCUCGGAGGCGACCCAGGCUGUCUCGGAAGGUAUCGCUUUGGCUGCGAGUGCCGUGUCGUCGUUCGUGGCCCCGGCCACCGCCACGCCGAUCGUCGAACAGAUCACGAACUCCAUCGCUAGUGCCGCCAGUCAGGCAUCAUCCGUUGUCCAUGAUGCCACGAGGACGACCGCCGAAGGCGUAUCCGAGGUCGCGAGCGUCGCUUCGGUCGUCAAGAGUGCUGUGCUCGAGCACGUCGAGUUGUAG